UGGGAUUACAGGUGAGUACCACGGGUUUGUUGUUACCUUUGUUAUUUUGAGAGCUGGUUCAGAAUAGCCCAGGCUGACUUCAAACUCACUUGUGUAGCUCAAGAUGAAUUCUUUUGCUCCUUGUCCCAGAGCUGGAAUGACAGACUGCGCCUCAGGGACAGUUCCUGCUUUAAUGCUGGUAAAUUUCGUAGGUGGAGGGCAGGCAACCAGAGGAGGCCUAGAGUUGCAAUCUGUGCGAUGAAGGCAGAAAUCCCAGCAACUAGAGCAUUGACAAUUUAGCCAGGAAGAGAGUAAUUGAACAAGGGCAUUAGUGACCUUCCCAAACACAUCUGCAUUGACGAAUCCUUGAGCUGGAAAGGCCUCUGGCGGAAGUGAGAGUGGGACAGGGGUUCCAGCCUGGUCUGGGGGAUUGCACAUCCCAGAAAACCUCCAAGAGGCAGGGGAACAAGGUUCUGUAAUUCCCCCCGCUUGCCACCUGAACUUUGCCGCCAGGGAGAGAACUUUCUGCCAUCUAACUGUGGCUCAUUCUGCUUCUGACUUGGUAAGGGGUUAGUCAAGAGAGCUUCCACGUCCUGAUUGACUUGUGCGCCCUUUCCUCCGUUGAACCGGGCGGGAGCGGGAUGACGGGUUAGGGUUGGGAAUUUCCGGGAUUAGAGUGGACCAUACAGUGAAGUCACGUCGCUCCUGGGAUCGUGGGGAAGGCCAAGCAGGGAUCCCCAAGGACUCUUCACCCUGACAUACACAGACAGGCGCGCGCGCGCGCGCACACACACACACACACACACACACACACCUAGUGACUACAAGGUCUGUUGCACAGCACCCUAACACUUGGCCGCUCGCCCCGCCCCUGGCCCCGCCUCCGAGGCUCUCCCUCCCACUCCCACAACCGCUUUAUAAAAUGGGGCGUUGGAUGCAACCGGGAAAAGCGGAACAGCUGUGAGCUCCAGGCCUUCUUCAGCACUGGAGCAAGUCUAAGCCUAAACCGGCCUCCCCAGAACUCCCGCUACUGGGUCUCGAACCCCUGCGUCCCGGAGUUCUAGCGUUGCUGUACCUAAGGCCAUCCCGGGAAUCAUGCGUUGCGCUCCGACAGCAGGCGCAGUCCUGGUGCUGUGCGCAGCUACUACGGGGCUGCUGAGCGCGCAGGGCCGCCCUGCACAGCCCGAUUCACAGCGCUUCGCAUCCUGGGACGAGAUGAACUUGCUGGCUCACGGGCUGCUGCAGCUCGGCCAUGGGCUGCGCGAACACGUGGAGCGCACCCGUGGGCAGCUAGGCGCGCUGGAACGCCGCAUGGCUGCGUGUGGAAACGCUUGUCAGGGGCCCAAGGAGAAAGACGCAUCCUCCAAAGACCCAGAGGGUAGAGUCCUUGACAGCGAGACCGCUCCUGAGACUCUGCAGAGUUUGCAGACACAGCUCAAGGCCCAGAACAACAAAAUCCAGCAACUGUUCCAGAAGGUAGCCCAGCAGCAGAGACACCUAGCCAAGCAGAAUCUGAGAAUACAGAAUCUUCAGAGCCAGAUUGGCCUCCUGGUCCCCACACACCUAGACAACGGGGUGGCCAAAACUUCAAGAGGAAAGAGGCUUCCGAAGAUGGCGCAGCUCAUUGGUCUGACUCCCAAUGCCACCCAUUCCCACAGACCUCCCCGGGACUGCCAGGAUCUCUUCCAAGAAGGGGAGCGGCAUAGUGGACUUUUCCAGAUCCAGCCUCAGGGUUCCCCACCGUUUUUGGUCAAUUGUGAGAUGACUUCAGAUGGAGGCUGGACAGUGAUUCAGAGACGCCUAAAUGGCUCUGUGGACUUCAACCAGUCCUGGGAAGCCUACAAGGAUGGCUUUGGAGAUCCCCAAGGCGAGUUCUGGCUGGGCCUGGAGAAGAUGCACAGUAUCACAGGAGACCGAGGCAGCCAGCUGGCUGUGCAGCUCCAGGACUGGGAUGGCAAUGCCAAAUUGCUCCAGUUUCCCAUCCACUUGGGGGGCGAAGAUACAGCCUACAGCCUACAACUCACAGAGCCCACAGCCAGUGAGCUAGGUGCCACCAAUGUUUCUCCCAAUGGCCUUUCCCUGCCCUUCUCUACCUGGGACCAAGACCACGACCUUCGAGGGGAUCUCAACUGUGCCAAGAGCCUCUCUGGUGGCUGGUGGUUUGGCACCUGCAGCCAUUCCAAUCUCAAUGGACAGUACUUCCACUCCAUUCCACGGCAGCGGCAGCAGCGUAAAAAGGGGAUCUUCUGGAAAACAUGGAAAGGCCGCUACUACCCACUACAGGCUACCACCCUGCUGAUCCAGCCCAUGGAGGCUGCAAACUCCUAGCCUCCUCACUGGAGUUUGGUUCCAGGCCUAAGAGGACAAUGACUUUGGUUGUGGCCCUAAGAUGUAGCCACUCUCUGCUAGGGUCAGGAGCUCCAAGUGGGGCUAUCUGGACCUUGUGGACAGAGAAAAAGCCCACAGCUGGAGAGACUGGAGGACCCCUUUUCUGUGUUGGGGUCUGCAGGCAUUAUUGUCUGAAACAGAGCAACAGGAAACAGAUGGCCCAGACCCAGGAAGCAUGAGCUCGAGGGGCAUAGAGUCUCACUUCUCGCCUACCAGAGAAGUCGGGGAUGCAAAGUGACAAUUUGGGUCCAACUAGCUGGGCCCUUAAGGGCAGACUCAGUCAUAUUGACUGGCUGGGAGACAGGGUUCCCAGGAACCCUGGGUAUACUCAUGGUGCUGUUGUGGAUGCUGUGGAUAAAUGGGUGCCAACUGUGGUUCUCAGGCGCAGCUCACAGCAUUCUUGGAAUAAAAAUAACCUCGGAA